UGCAGUGUGGACGCUGCAUUGGGAGCACGCAGUAAGUUGGUGCUCCUGCACGGAUACGUCUGGGAGAAUGGCGAGCUGUACUACAGACCCCGCUCGCUGAAAGCGCUUGGUGUUUCAAAUGCAGUCGAGACCGACGGGAGGGAGCUGAUAGUGCACACGACACUGCACUGGAUAUCCACCCCACACAACAAUCUUACUGUGCUGGGAGCAGUG